AUGUCGUCAUCCGGUUCAUCAUCUAUGCAACAAUUUUUAAUAUUGGCUAAAUCAGUUCGCGGUGCAGCGACAGUUGAUUUAGUUAAAAAAGUCAUUGAAUUUCCCGACAUAUUUGGUUUUGAAGAAUUGUUACGUAUUGAAAAUAUAAACGAAUUGAAACAAAGUGAACAACAUGUACCUGUUUAUAAUACUCUUGAAUUAUUUGCCUAUGGAACAUAUUCUGAUUAUGAAGCAAAUCGUUCAAAAUAUAUUCAGUUAAGUGCCGGAGCAAAACGUAAAUUACAGUUAUUAACACUAGCAUCACUGGCUGUUCGCUCACGUACAAUACCCUAUUCUGUAUUAUUAAAUGAAUUAAAAAUAAACAACGUACGUGAAUUAGAAGAUUUAAUUAUUGAAGCAAUUUAUUAUGAUAUUAUUCAUGGUAAAUUAGAUCAGUUGAACAAUCGUUUAGAUGUUGAAUAUUGUAUAUCGCGUGAUAUCGAUUCUCGUCAAUCGUAUGAUCAUUUGAUUAAAGUUCUCGAUAACUGGUGUCAGAAUUGUGCACAAAUUCUAACGGUAUUAAAACAAGAAACAGUUCGGGCAAAUGAUAGGAAAAAACAAACUAUAGCAGAACAUGAACGAUUUGAACAAAAUCAUUUAUCAAUGAUUAAAGCUGUUCAAAUGCAACAAGAACAAAGUGGUAGUGGUAUGCCAGGUCGAGGAGGAAAUGAAAAUAAUAAUCAGAGUACAUUAUCAUCCUUGUCAAAUUUAAUGUCAAGUGCAACAGGUGGCGGAGAUAAACAUUCGAAAAAAGGUACUAAAAAUACAGCAAAACGUUCAUUUCGUUGA